AUGGAUGACAAUAGGGAGGCGCGUGGGAUAAGUGUGGGUGGAGGGGAGGCACAAAGGGAUAUGGUUAGGACACGAGGAAAUUUAUCUAUACGCGGUUCAAAUGAUGCACCCGAGAGUUCCACACAGGGUGGUACACGGAAGAGACCCACAGCUUCGGCUCGUAGAAAGGGUCAGCAUGAGGCUAAUGUGGUUCAGGAUGAUAUUCUUGAGAAUGAGGUUUCUGACGUUCCUCGGGAGGACGAGCAUGGCAUUGAUAACGAUGGUGGAGGAUUUCCUGGUGGUCCGUAUGAUACAUCUUUAUUGACCCGGUACCAGGAUCAUGUUGCACGCAUGAUGUGGGAUGGUCAGGAUCGAGCUGUGAAAGUGGUCUCCCAUAUUAAAAAGGUGAAGAAAUUAGGACGUCCUCACCCUUCUGUUGCACCUUUUGUGUUAGCUUCUGGAUUAUCGCCUCUGUGCGAUAUUUUAUAUGAAUAUAUCGAGCUUGGGUUAGUAUUGAGUUUCGUGGAGAGAUGGCAUCCCAAGACUAAUACUUUUCAUCUACCCAUUGGGGAGAUGACCAUCACUUUAGAUGACGUAUGGUCACUUCUCCAUCUUUCCAUCAGUGGAAACUUUUGCUCCACUGAAAAUCUGGAAUAUGAAGAUUCUGUUGAGAUUUUGACGACACUUCUUGGUGUUGACCGGGCCAUGGCUUGUGUGGAGCUGAAUCAAAGUCGGGGGUGCACGAUAUUUGCUAACAAAAGCGCCACCUAUGUUCGUACACAUUAUCUCGAGCUAUUUAGAGAUCUCUCCAUAUGUCGUACAUAUGGUUGGGGAGUUGCUGCUCUUGUCCACUUAUAUGAGCAGCUAGGAGAUGCCAGCUUUUCAAAUACAAAGCAAUCAGCUGGAUAUCUACCUCUUCUACAGGCUUGGAUAUACGAGCACUUCCCUACAUUGGGAAGGAAGCAAGUACGGGAUACAUAUGUGGAGACCGAACCCCGUGCUCUACGUUAUGUCACUGGACGCGCCAUUUCCGCUAUAGCUGAUGUUAGAGUCCAGUUGGAUGGCUUGACAUAUCAUGGGAUGAUUUGGAACCCAUAUGUAGCACAUAGAGCUGCUCGACAACUUGUAACACAUGGCAUGUUUUCUGGCUUCCUGAGGGUUGGUACCCUCGUACACCGUCAUAUGUCGGAGCAUGUGUUACGACAAUUUGGCUUCAUGCAGCCUAUUCCACGACCGCCCAGUUCGCUUCCCAUGAUGGACUUUGAGGCUAUUGAUGAUCGGUGGAAAAAGCACGAGCAGUUUGUUGUACAUCAAGUGGUCCAAGCACCAGCUCCUUUUUCAUGUGCAGAUGGAUAUUUGCAGUGGUUUAGGAGAGUCUCCCAUCCAUACAUUUUACGUGGAGCUGAGGUCGACCGACCUAGCCUUGUGAUUGUGCCCCAACUUCGUCAGAAUUUGCCAGAUGACAUAAUAGUUCAGAGAACGUCACCGUCAUCAUCUUCAAGUGGUUUAUUGGGUCUCGUGAAAUGCAUUGUAGGCGGUCUUCAGCGGAUGAUAGACUGUAGAGACGUUACUGAGGGCACAGUUGCUUGGGAUCACACUCAUGAGUUAUUGCAGAUGGCUCGAGAUGGCGUUGAAGAGGAAGAGAGUAGAGGAGGACGUAGAAAUUUACAUUUCUAUUGA